AUGGCAAGAGAUGAUUUUCUUUUAGGAAACCCCCCUCAUGUUCAGCCACUCCCAUUCCAAAUUCUUCCUUCUCAAGCAAUGGAUGACAACAAACGUCCAAGAUCCAACUUCACUGUCAUCCUAAAUGGAAUUCAUAUGUUUUGUGCCGUAACUAUUCUUUCUGUGCCGUAUGCUAUGAAAGUGGGAGGUUGGAGUGGUAUAGCGACAUUGGCUCUAUUUUGCCUUGCAUCCGUUUAUAGCGGUUAUCUACUGGGGUUAUGUUUUGAAUAUCAUCGAACAGAAAUCAAGACUUAUCCCGACGUGGCAAAUGCAGCAUUCGGAAGACUGGGUUCUUAUUUCGUCUCGUUCAUUGUCUUCUGCUACAACUAUGCAUCCUGUGUGGAGUAUGUAGUUGUUUCAAUGAACACAUUAGCUUAUGUGUUCCCAACACAACUUUUCUCAGUACUACAUCAUAUAAUAACUGUUGGAACCUUGAUAGCGUAUGUCAUGAUUAUUGUCCUGUAUUUUGUGGUUUGCUACCAUAACUUCCAGAAAUUUAAUUUCUAUCUUACAGGUUUAGGGGUCUUUUUGACUCUGGUCCUCGUGCUUUCUUUGUUCACGCAUGGAAUUGUAAAUCAUGCAACAUACCAAUUGAAAUCGACAAAAUUUUUCAACCCGUCCACAUUUCCAAUGGCAUUAGGGUUUUACGCCUACUGUUUUGCGGGCCAUACUUAUCUGCCUGAAUUAUAUCAAUCUAUGAGAGAGAAGAGGCAGUUUCAGAAGAUCAUGCUAAUAAUCUUUGUGGCAAGCUUCUUUUUAUAUCUGGCAGUGGCGAUAAAUGGAUAUGCACUCUUUGGGAAAGACGUGCAGUCCAUAUUCGUGCUUAAUAUGCCUAAAAAUCAAGUUCCUGCUGUGGUCGCUAUUCUUAGCACACUAUUGGACCAAGUGAUCCGAUAUGUUCUGGGUGUACACUCAAUUAGUAGGGAUCUUGAUGAGCUAGUGAAGCGGCGAAACCAUGGCCUAAGUGACCGCACCAUUGGGUAUGUGAUUAGAGCUGUGUUAGUAGGAACAACAAUCAUUUUCUCCUUGAUGAUCCCCGUCUAUGGCACCUUAAUGGCAUUUAUAGGAUCUACACUUGGGAUUGUUGUGGCUCUGAUAAUCCCCUGUGUAUGCUUUCUUCGCUUGAGAUGGGAUCAUGUCACUCGACCACAGGGUGUUCUUGCUGGAUUCAUCAUUGUACUGGCAUUAGUCGCGUCAGUACUUGGGAUCUCAAAGAGCUUGCCAGAAUUGAUAAAAGGUGUUGAAGAUUAG